AUGGUCACGCAGCAGCUGAUCCUCGACGACGGCUUGCCGUUUACAGUUACAGAUUCCACGAGCGAGGGACCGAGUCCGUCUGAGGAAGAGAAGCUUACAACAGCGACUUUCACCGACAGGACGGUGCCUUCGGCCAAGCCCAGCCCCAGCCUGCCUCGAGCCACACCAGCAACGACGCGCAGAGAGAGCAUCACAGGGCUCUUCAGUGACAGUAUCGAAGAUCAUGGCGUUGUCUUCGAUGGUAGCACGGACUUCUUGAUGACGCCGAAGCUAUCACCAGCACGUUUCUUCAGCUCUCCCCAGAACACUACGACGACAGCUUCGGGAGCAAAUUCUGUCCAGUCGACUCAAUCUAGAAAGCCCUUUGGAUCGUUUGCCUCCUCGGAAGGAGGCGAGUGGAUGUACGCCUCGGAAGGAGGGGAGUGGAUGUACGAUGAAGUGCGCGAACUCACUGACUCCAUUCGAACAGCUGUGAAGAGCGUUGGAGUAAUUUAUGGUGAGAGUGCUGCCGAGCUUGACGUCGUGAUAUCUGCGCUAUUGUUGGAAGAGACUUCGCCGGAUCCGACUACUGCACUCGAUUUGAUCAUCCACACGCAUUUCGACAAGCUCAUCAAAGAGAUCGUGGCAUCCAAACUGUUCAAUGCUGCAGAUUUAAACUCCCAGCUUUACGGGAUAUUUACUAAAGCGGAGUCACUGGAGAGAAAGUGGCAGCGGCGUUUCAAAGUAUUGUACUCCGACAUUGACAAAUACCGCACGGAGGAAAUGAUGCGCAGUGGUAUUCUCCAUGACCUGAAAAUAGCUCCUAAAGAAGAAAAGGGGCAUAUGUGGAUUGUUGACAAUCCGAGAUGCCCAGAUUUCGCAGGAAGUUUGGACCAUAAUCCGGGGGACUGGUGGCCCAAUUUGCAUUGUGCCUAUCGUGACGGCAUUGUUGGACCAGUUGAAUCCGCCCUUACGAAAGGAAAGGCUGGCGUAGUCGCACUGGCCUUGUUGACCGGACAGGAAGUCAACGGCCCGACACUGAACCUCAUCGACUACACCAAGAACACAUAUCGAUACUCGCUCAUGCUGGAGAGAGUCCCCGGUCAGGUGUCUUUCAAUGCUGUCCUUCAAGUGCCGAAGCCAUCACAACUAGACGACUGGGUUUUGUAUGAGGAAUUAGUAUGUCGGGAUUAUCGGGAGCGCCACGGUGACGGAGCCUUUGGUAGAUGGAAGGAAUUUGAAGAAGAGCAGCGGACCGAGAAAGAGCAGUUUUUGAAGGCGAAGGCUUUGCGUGAGGAGAUAAACAAGACAGCCCCAGCCCUAAAUACCUUCACCUCGCCCACCAUGGCUAGCUCCAUCCACAAUGAGGCAAUGGAAGAGCCUCCGCACAAAAAGCUGAAAACCUCACCCGCAACAUCCUCUUCUAUUUCCACAACCACAACCACAACCACAACUACAACUGCACCCACGCCCACAGCCUCAACCUCAAACCUUGCCGAUUCCACGGUCGCGCAACCAAAUCCUACAGCCACAGCCACAGCCACACCCAAACCCAAAUCCGCCAAGAUGGAAGACUUGACCAUGAGACUCUGUUGUUAUGGUGACGGCGCCGUCGCGAAGAAGGAGGUCAAUGUCGGUAUCAAGUGCUUCGUGAACGAGGAGAACCCCGGCUUCCAAGGAACCCUCAAGACCAGAUACACCGACUUCCAAGUCUUUGAGAUCGCGCCAGAUGGAACAAUUGUUCACCUGACCGACGACAGAGCUCCUGCGGAGAAGAAGCCUCCUGUGCCUACGUUUGGAUCUGCACCUGCUAUUGCUGCUUCGGCGGCUCCUAAGAUCAAGAGAGAGAGUUCUGCGCCGGCUACGCCUGUCAAGACGGAACCUGCUGUUGAGGAUAAGAAGGAGAGUCUUGCACCAGCUACACCUGUCAAGACUGAAUCUGCUACUGAGGACACCAAGGAGAGUGUUGCGCCAGCUACACCUAUCAAAAUCGAAUCUGCUGCAAACAAGGAAGAGAAGGAGAAUGUUGCGACUGAGCUAACAACUACACCUAUCAAGACCGAAGCUACUGUCCAAACUGGCCUCUCUAAGAGUUCGUGCCCAGAUACCCCAAUCAACCCAUCUCUCCAGGUCGACGAUCGGCCCAAAUCCUCAACAACCCCUACCUCUCACUCCAACGCACAAUUAGCCAAGAAUAUCGAGGCUGCAUUCUCCCCCAACCGUGUCAAUACACCACCGAGUGAAGAUGGCUCAGAUGACUCUAUCAUUUCUCUUGAAGACACAAACAUUCUCAAUCAGUGGUUUGGACCUACUCUGGUCAAUCAAAUGAUCAGUCUCUACAAGGACAUCCUCUCCAAGCCAAAGUCAAAGCUCGAGUCCUUUGGUGAUGACCUUGAGUCGCAGGCUAUCCCUAGAGCUGCACGCAGUCCUAUUCACGGUGCUAUCAAGAGAAUCUUCAAUUCCAAGCUCGACUCUACGACGAAAAAUGACAAGAUCUUAGUCUAUGCCGCCUCAGCCAAUAGGUCUUGGAAGACUCGGUCAGCUAGGUCUCAAUCGCAAACUGACGCUCGAUCUCAAAUCUCUAUCGAGGCUCAAGGUUCGGCUUCAUCCACCCAACCUUCUUCUGGCCCUCAAAACCAAGUAUCUCGUCAGAAACAAAAUCCGCGUCAGCAACAACGUGGUCAGCCAACUGGCAAGCUCGGAUGGCAAGACCUUGGUGGUGAGUACUUGCAUUUUACGAUGUACAAGGAGAACAAGGAUACCAUGGAGGUCAUCACGUACUUGGCUUCGUGCCUGAAAAUCAAGCCGAGAGACUUCGCCUUUGCUGGUACCAAAGACCGCAGAGCCGUCACCGUCCAGCGCGUCAGCGUCCGCCGCCAGUAUGCAAAGAGCCUCGCCAGAUUAAAUGCUCACCUGUACGCUGGCCGUCUUGGAAAUUUCAAGUACGAGAAGCAUGGCCUUGAGCUCGGCGAACUUACGGGAAACCACUUCCACAUCACCCUUCGAGAUUGCCACUUCGGUGAUGAUCAAAAUUGGACAACGGAACUCAAGCUGGAGCAUGGUAAUAAGGUUGUUGGUCAAGCUGUCAAGCAUUUGCAACAGCAUGGUUUCAUAAACUACUUUGGCCUGCAGCGUUUCGGCACCUUCGGCAUUGGAACCGACGAGAUUGGUCUUCAGAUCCUGAAAGGUGACUUCAAAGGUGCCGUCGACGCCAUCCUGACCUACAGUGAUGAGGUAUUUGGUCCGCCUAAAGACUUCUCGGAACCCGAGUAUGGCGAUAGAGUCAGUCAAUAUGACCUCGAUCGUGCCCAAGCUAUUAUUGCAUUCCGGAACGGAGGUAAAAAGUCUGACGUGUUAGAAAUAAUGCCCAGAAAGUUCUCUGGCGAGAUUGCGGUCAUGCGUCAUCUGAUGACACGAAAUUGCCACAACGAUUAUGAAGGCGCGAUUAUGUCUAUCCACCGUAACCUCCGAAGCAUGUAUCUUCAUGCGUACCAGUCGUUGGUUUGGAACACUGUCGCUAGUGAGCGCUGGGCCAGACAUGGUAAUAAGGUUGUGGAGGGGGACCUUGUUCUUGUCGUUCCGGAGGCCGCCCCAGCCGACGAAGUUGAUGAGAGUGGGGAAGUCGUCGUUCACGCAGCAGCUGAUGAUACCGCCAUUUCCCGCGACGACGUCUACCAGCGUGCUCGUCCGCUAACUGCUGAGGAGGCUGCGAGUGGGAAGUACAACAUUUUCGACAUUGUUCUCCCACUACCGGGCUACGACGUCAACUACCCUGCCAACGCUAUCGGAGACUUCUACAAGACUUUCAUGGCUGGCCCGCGUGGUGGUGGCAUCGAUCCUGGAAACAUGCGACGAUCAAACAAGGAUUUCAGUCUGAGUGGCAGCUACCGCAAGCUUAUGGCAGAGGUCAAGGAUUGCAGCUUUGAACUUAAAGUCUACAUCAACUCACUAGAAGAACUGGUCGAGACUGAUUGGCAGAAGUUGCAAAAGUCUCGUGGCGAGGACCCCAUGGCACCAAGAAAUUUCUACCAAGAGGAACGCGGCUCAGGCCCAAACAAUAAGAACGCCAGAAAGGCCGAAAUCCGCAGCGAAGCUAUCAAGAUGAAGGAUCAAUACAAGAACAGUGCAGCUUUACAAGCAUGGAAGGCUCUUCCAGACGCGAUGCCUGGUUUGGACAAGGCCUGUGCGGAUGCCGCUGCCCUUAAGGUAGCACAGAGAAAGGCCAACUACCCCGACGAUCUCACUCCUGUCAUCAAGGACACCUGGAUUCAGACCGAUCCUGAGGACUGGACGAAGAAGACCGGCGUCAAGUCUACCAUCGUUCUCAAUGAGAAGAUGGCCAGCGAAACUCCUGUCACCAAGAGCGAGCCUGAGAUUGCGGAUGCUGUUGUCUCAGUUGAAGAGGCCAGCGCGGUUCCCAUUCCUACUUCGCCAGCUGUCAAGGCUGAAGAGGCUGCUCUCGUUCCUGCACCUGAUUCCGUUGCUUCCAGCUCAAACAUGGAUAUUGGUUUCAAGGAGGACGAAUUUGAUGCCAUGGAUGUUGACGACGCACCGGUAAAAGGUUUCUAUCCUAAGUCCACUUUCAAGCGACUCGUCACCCAUGUCUCUGGCGUGCCAAUCAUCUGUUCCGAAACAGCCACCUACAUUGACGAGGAAGGUGUCGAGCGACCCAUGUUCCCUCAGGACCACAGAAUUGGCGUCGUUAUCAAGUUCUCGCUGGGAUCAAGUCAAUACGCCACUAUAGCCUUGCGCGAACUGAUGAAGGCCGGUGGUGUCCGAACUUUCAAGCCUGACUUCAGCCGUGGAAUCUAA